AUGCUGGAAAAUAUUUACAGCGUGGACAAGUUCAAGAACAAGCAGAAUCUGCAUGCCACAGCUCUUGAAUUUCGACUCUCAAGGCAACAUGGCUAUGAUAUACCUACAGAUGUGUUUGAUAGCUUUAUAAACGAUGAGGGUGAUUUUCAAACGAGUUUAUCUCAGGAUAUUAAGGGAAUGCUUUCAUUAUAUGAAGCUUCAUUUCUUUUAAUGGAAGACGAAACUAUUUUGGAAAAAGCUACAGAUUUUACCUCAAAGUCUCUUAGAGAUUUUAUGAGCAGGAACCCUGGACAUGAACUGACAUCCCAAGUGAAACAUGCUAUGGAGGUUCCAUUACAUUGGAGGCUACCAAGAUGGGAGGCUCGUUGGUUCAUUAGUGAAUAUGAAAGAAUGCCUAAUAUGAAUUCCAACUUGCUUCAGCUUGCCAAAUUGGAUUAUAACAUGCUUCAAGCCAUGUAUCAGGAGGAAGUGAAGUCCAAUAUAAGAUGGUGGGAGAGAACUGGUCUGGAAGAGAAGAUCAAUUUUUACAGGUGUAGGGUGGUGGACAACUAUCUCUGGGGCUUAGGAAUGAAGGAAGAACCACAUGUUGAAAAGUUAAGAAGAGUUAUUGGAAAUCUUUGCGCCAUAAUAACCUUGACCGAUGAUAUGUAUGAUGUUCAUGGGACUUUGGACGAAUUAGAGCUCUUCACAGAAGCUAUUCUCAGUGGCAAGAUUUCUGUAAGGCAUUUAGGGUUGAGGCCAGAUGGUACCAUGGUGGAAAAACGCCAAGCCUGA